GUGCGUGGCUCUCAUGUUGGCACCUAUCUCCCUAGCUCUGGAAUUUGGCAUCAUACUCAACGGUUCCUGAAGAAAGGUGUUUCAAAUCCAAAGACAAUUAAUCACUUGGACUUUGAUGCUCCUACGCGUGAACAUGCUCUGCAAUUACCUGAUGACAAAAAACAAGAUGAAUCUCUUCUGGAGGAUGUCUGGACUCUGUUAAGGGCAGGGAGACUGGAAGAAGCAUGCAGCCUCUGCCGGUCUGCUGGACAGUCAUGGAGAGCUGCAACACUAUCUCCAUUUGGAGGGUUUGAUCAGUUCCCGUCCAUUGAAGCCCUGGUAAGAAAUGGCAAGAACAGAACCUUACAGGCCAUUGAGCUGGAAAGUGGAAUCGGUCAUCAUUGGCGUCUCUGGAAAUGGGCUUGCUAUUGUGCUUCAGAGAAAAUUGCAGAUCAAGAUGGCGGAAAAUAUGAAGCAGCAGUAUAUGCAACCCAGUGCAGUAACUUGAAACGCAUUCUUCCAACAUGUACGGAUUGGGAGUCUGCUUGCUGGGCCAUGGCCAAAUCAUGGCUUGAUUUCCAGGUCGAUGUGGAAUUAACCCGCCUACAGCCAGGUGAAGGGGAUCACUUCAAGAAUUUUGAAGAAGCAAUUAAUAGAAGCCCAGAAUUUGUAAAUGGUGUUUCUCAGCCAACUGCUGGACCAGAUAGUUGGCCACUUCAAGUUGUGAAUCAGCAACCUAGGCACCUCUCUGCCCUUCUCCAGAAACUCCAUUCAAGUGAUACGGUGCAUGAAAUUGUUGCUCGAUCGUGCAAGGAGCAGCAGAGACAAAUUGAGAUGAACCUUAUGUUAGGAGACAUACCAAGUUUGCUGGACGUCAUAUGGUCUUGGAUAUCGCCUUCUGAAGAUGAUGCAACCUUCUUCAAACCUCAUGGUGACCCACAAAUGAUGCGCCUUGGUGCACACUUAGUGCUUGUGCUCCGAUACUUGCUCGAAGAUCAAAUGAAGGAUGAGUUUAGAGAGAAAUUACUGACAGUUGGUGACCUCAUUCUUCACAUGUAUACUAUGUUUCUUUUUACAAAGCAACAUGAAGAGUUGAUUGGGAUUUAUGCUUCUCAGUUAGCUCGUCAUCGCUGUAUCGAUCUCUUUGUGCAUAUGAUGGAGUUAAGGCUAAAUAGCAGCGUUCACGUCAGGUAUAAGAUAUUCCUUUCUGCUAUUGAAUACUUGCCAUUUGCUCCAGAAGAUGAUUCAAAGGGCAGUUUUGAGGAGAUCAUCGAAAGGGUUCUUUCAAGGUCUCGAGAAAUUGGAGUUGGGAAAUAUGAUAAUGAAACAGAUGUUGCAGAGCAGCAUCGAUUACAGAGCCUUCAGAAAGCUUUAGUAAUUCAGUGGCUCUGCUUUACACCUCCUUCAACAGUCAAUAAUUCUAGGUCCGUCAGUAUGAAACUUCUUUUCCGGGCAUUGACGCACAGCAAUGUACUGUUCCGGGAAUUUGCCCUUAUCUCAAUGUGGAGGGUUCCAGCAAUGCCGGUCGGGGCUCAUACUUUACUCAGUUUACUGGCAGAGCCAUUGAAACAACUCUCAGAUGAUCUUGUUUCCAUUGAGAGUCAUGAGUUCUCGGAGAAGUUAAAGGAGUUCCAGGACUGGAGUGAGUUCUAUUCAUGUGAUGCAACUUAUCGCAACUGGUUAAAGGUUGAGCUAGAGAAUGCAGAAAUUUCACCAGUUGAACUCUCAGAUGAGGAAAAGCAGAAUGAAGUUAUAGCUGCUAGAGAAACUCUUGAUACAUCACUCUUGCUUCUACAACGGGAAGAGAAUCCCUGGUUAGUUCCAACUGAAGAUCACAUCUUGGAAAGUGAUGAGCCUGUGUUCCUCGAGUUGCAUGCUACUGCGAUGCUUUGUUCAUCAUCUGGUGAUUGUUUGGCGCCCGACGCCACCUUGUGCACAACGUUAAUGAGUGCCCUUUACUCUUCAGUCAGUGAGGAAGAAGUAUUAAAUUGCCAGAUAAUGGUGAGCGUCUCCAUAUCAUCCAGAGACAACUAUUGUGUCGAGGUUGUAUUACGCUGCUUGGCAACAGAAAAGGAUGGUCUUGGGUCACAUCAGUUCCAUGAUGGUGGUAUUCUUGCCGCAAUGCUUGCUGCUGGCUUCAAAGGGGAGCUUAUUCGCUUUCAAGCUGGAGUUACAUUGGAAAUCUCUCGAUUAGACGCUUGGUAUUCUGGCAGUGAUGGUUCUAUUGAAGGCCCUGCAACCUACAUAGUGCAUGGUCUUUGUCGUAGGUGUUGCAUCCCUGAAGUUGUUCUGCGGUGCAUGCAGGUCUGUGUGUCGCUUGUCGGGUCUGGUAAUCCACCUAAUAGCCAUGAUGAGUUGAUCAACCUUGUCACAAAUCCUGAAACUGGAUUCAUUCGUCUCUUCAGUCAGCGUCAAUUGCAGGAGUUUUUGUUAUUUGAGAGGGAAUAUACAAUAUACAAAAUGGAACUCGAGGAGGAGCAAACCGCUUGAUUUGAUUAAACCGAACAAGGGAGGAGCUUAAAUACCUGACAGGCUUGUUUAAAUUUAAGUUCUGGUGUAUAUUUUUGUAGUCUAUCAAAAUUAGAUUUCUUGUUUGGAUGGUUGUUACCUAUUGUAUUGUAUUUAUUGUAUUGUUACAUAAAAUACAAUGUUUGUUUUGAUUGUUAUUUAAAUUUUGAUUAUAUCGCAUCGUUAAAUCCGUUGUUACAUAACGAUGUAAAAACCCCUUUAUGUAACGAUCGAUUCUGUG